AUUUAUGUGAUCUAAAUUAUUGAGCAUGCAUUAAGUAUAAAUUAACGUACACACAUACUGAAAGAAGUAGAGAGUUCACUUGAAACUUCAAAGCAGUAAGAAAAAAUGGGUCAAGAAGAGGUAAAUGCCGCUGUUUCAAAAUCAGGCCAUGUUUUGGUUCUUCCGUUACCUGUUCAAGGUCAUAUAAACCCUAUUCUUCAAUUCUCUAAGCGUUUAGUAUCCAAAGGAAUCAAAGUCACGUUAUUUACCUCCAUUUUCGCUUCAAAAUCGGUGAAGACCGGUGCUGGUUCGGUCUCUGUGGUGCCGUUUUCGGAUGGCUAUGAUGAGACCGGAUUUACAAAGUUGUCUGGAAAUGAUUAUUUGGAGAAAUUCAAAGCUGCUGUUCAGAAACACUUGCCGGAAUUAAUUGAGACGCAAGAAAGAUUAGGGUGUCCUAUCAGGUGGUUGGUAUAUGAUUCUGUGAUUCCAUGGGUUUUACCGCUAGCAAAAGAGCUAGGUUUGCUCGGAGCUGUUUUUUAUACUCAGUCUAGUUCUGUCAAUGCUGUUUACUACCAAGUGUCUAAAGGAUUUAUUCCGUUACCUGUAGAAGGACCGACGCUAUCAGUUCCUGGAUUGCCUUUACUUGAACCUCAUGAAUUGCCAUCUUUUGUUUACAAACCCGACUCGUAUCCUUCCAUACUUGCCACUGUUUUGGAUCAGUUCUCGAAUAUUGAUGAAGCAGAUUGGUUACUUUUCAACACCUAUGAUAAGCUGGAGGAAGAGGCGGUGAACUGGAUGGCAAAGCAAUCGCACACGAGAAUGACCACGAUAGGACCAACGCUACCAUCAUUUUACCUAGACAAAAGAUUGGAGGAUAACGAUUACGAGCUUCAUCUCUUUACACCGAAUUCUGACACUUGCAUGAAAUGGUUGAACACAAAAGAAGUAGCAUCAGUGGUUUACAUUUCAUUUGGGAGUUUGGCUGCUUUGGGAGAAGAACAAAUGGAAGAAAUAGCAUGGGGAAUUCGGAACUCCAACUACCAUUUUUUAUGGGUAGUUAGAGCUUCAGAGGAAGAUAAGCUCCCGAAAAACUUCGUGGAAGAGACAUCUGAAAAAGGUUUGGUGACUACAUGGUGCCGGCAACUGGAGGUGUUAGCACACAAAGCAGUUGGGUGUUUUGUCACACAUUGUGGAUGGAACUCCACACUAGAGGCAUUAAGCUUAGGUGUGCCGAUGGUAUCCAUGCCGCAAUGGACAGAUCAAACUACUAAUGCAAAAUGUAUUGAAGAUGUGUGGAGGGUCGGCGUUAGAGCAAAAACAGAUGAGAAGGGGAUGGUUACGAGAGACAAAUUAGAGGAAUCAAUAAAAUUACUAAUGGAAGGAGAGAGGAGGGAAGAUAUUCAUAAGAAUGCUAUUAGACUGCAAGAGCUGGCUAUUGAGGCAGUUGAUGAAGGUGGAAGCUCUGACAAAAACAUUGAGGAAUUUGCAUCUGAAAUCUUAUGCAGUUGAGGACUGUUAACAGUACUGAACACUUGUUUACGGCCUGCAUAGUACGUAAAAACUGACUCCACUGUGGAGUCCAGUCAUUAAAGUGGGGAAUUUUAUUUUUAUCAUUAAAGAAUUUGGUGUUGACGGAAUUUCGUACUCCGGUCAUUAUCAUUAUCCAUUGAUUUUACCAUGCACUGUACUACAAUGUUAUCGGCUAAGUCCGGAUUUUAAUCAUUAAUUCUUUAUCUUUUCUGUUGUUGCUGAAAUAGAAAAAUUGGUCUUUUUUCUCCA